AAUAAACUAUCGUCUUGUGUAAUUAUUAAGAUUUAUUUAAUUAGUUAUUGAUAUGGCAAGUGAAAAAAAUAUUUUUGGUCAAACAAAUGAAUCAAACUUACAUAAGGUCAUACGCAGAGUUGAAGAAAUAUGGAAUCGUCGUUUCAUGCAUUCCAAUUGUGUUUUAAAUAAUACAAAUAAAGGACAAAUAUCAAAAAAGUCAACUAAAGAUGGAAGAAUUAUCUAAUAUGAUGCAGCAAAGAGAAUUCGGAACACUUUUUCAGAAUGAAAAAUCUGAAAAAUAUAAAAAUGAAAUUUUAAAUUCAACAGAAAAAAAAAAUAUAGCAAUUUCAAAAGACAAUCCGCUAUUAAUAUCAGCUGAUUUGUUAGAAAAGAGUUUUCAUAAGAAAAAUUUGGAACGCAAAAAAUCCGAAAUAAAAAAACAACUUUUUGAGAUAUCUUCUAAUACUACUGCUCGACCAAAUUUAAAAAGAAAUUCAUCCGAAGAAGAUGAAAAAGUCAUAAAAAAGCCAAAAGUUAGUUCUAAUCCUUUGACCUUAAAUACGCCGAAUGACGUAAAUUUACUUGCUCUGUCCACUAUUGAAGUAAUAAAAGUACCAGAGAAAGAAAAAGAAGUAAUGCAAGAUCAGAACACAAAAUCUCUUGAUCAGUAUAAUGCACCUUCAUUUAAAUCGCCCACAUCAUGGUAUACUUCAGACACAAUUAAUGAGUACAUUAAAAUGAUAGUAAAACGGUCAGAAGGUGAAGUUUAUGCAGUUGUCACUGAUUUUAUUGUAGCGUAUCUUCGAGGAGGUUAUCCAGCUGUAAGAAGAUGGAUAAAAAAAGAUAUUCACACAAUAAAAUUACUUUUUGUGCCCAUGAAUGUAUAUGGGAGUCAUUGGAUAUUGACAGUGGUUAAUAUACCUGAAAAGACUGUGACAUCAUAUGAUAGUCUUAAGUCGUAUAAGGGUCCUUAUCCAAUGGUAUUAAAAAAUUUCUUAAUUGAAUGGGAGAUGGACAAAAAAGGAAAAGCUUCUACAUGGACAUUACAAAUAGGCGAGACAUCUCGCCAAACCAAUGGACAUGAUUGUGGGCCAUUUACUGUUGAGCUGGCAGAAAAAAUGUCUCGAGGAGAUACAACACCAAUAAAUGCAAAUUUUAUGCCUUUUAUAAGAUUAAGACACAAAAAUGAAAUUAUUGCUGGCGAGCUAUUCUAUUAAUAUUUUUAUGAAUGAAAUUUUAUUUUUGUAUUUUAUAUCAAUUUUCUUAAUAUUCACUAUAAAUUGAAAUUUUUAUUUGUAUACCACCAAACAUUUUUAUACUUUUUCUAUGUUUAAUUGUUGUUUUGUUAUUUUAUUUUAAUCUUAUUUUUCUUUGUAACAUUUCAUUUAAGAAAUUCAAAUUUAAUAUAAAUUUAUCUUAACUGAAAUAAUUUAAUGUUCUUGUUAUGUGAAUAUACAAAUAUUAUAAUAUACAGUUAUGGAUA